UUUCUGACAUUCUCGUGCAGGCGUGCAGGCGGGCGGGCGGGCAGCCCUCGCGUGACAACACACGCCACCGCGCGCACCGAGCACAAACGCGGAAAGCGGAUCAGCGAUGGUUUGACACCGGGACCCUUUUCCUUCCCUUUCCAGGGUCUUUAAAUGAAGCUCCCGAUCUGCGCGGAAGCUCGGGCGCGUUCACCGUAGCACCGGGAAUACUUUCCAAGCAGACUUUGGGCAUGUGAGAACCUUUUUUUUUUUUUGCGCAUGUUCUUCGCCUUUUUGCGCAGCCUUCUGGAGAAGGGGGGACGCGUCGGCGGCGGCGGCGGCGGCGGCGGAGGAGGAGUAGGCACGACUUUCCCCCAACUCGAGCCCCCUGCCUAUGGACGACGGUGGUCCCCUGUCUCCCAGGGCAAAUGCUUUCAGUAUUGCCUCUCUGAUUUGCGCUGCAGAACGAGCAGGAAACGCGGCGUUCGACAAGCGGAGCGCUGGCCCGGACAAACCAGACGCGAACAAGCGCAGCUGCUGCACGAUGCAUUACAGCACCGUGACCCGGGAAAUGGAAGCCAUUUCCAGCCCGUGGCUGACGCAGCUGUCCCAUUUUUGCGAUGUUGCAGCCUUCACCACCAGCAGUCUGAGCAGCCUCAACACCCCGGGGGGCUACCACCUCUCCCCCUCCCCCGGGGACCCUUACAGCCAACACGAAGUGGCCCACUUUGAGCCCUGCCCGGCCGCUCAGCCCAACUACGGCUACCCGGGCCCGGCCCCGCCACCGAGCGACCCCGCCGGGACCCCUUGCUCGUCGUCCUCGUCCGGCUCCACCCCGAACAGCAAGAGCAUGGUCAAGAAGAACCCCAAAGUGGCCAACAUUAACGUGCAGCUGGAGAUGAAGGCCUUGUGGGACGAGUUUAAUCAGCUGGGCACCGAGAUGAUCGUCACCAAAGCCGGGAGGAGAAUGUUUCCAACUUUCCAAGUGAAAAUAUUCGGGAUGGAUCCAAUGGCGGACUACAUGCUCCUAAUGGACUUCUUGCCAGUAGACGACAAACGUUACAGGUACGCGUUCCACAGCUCUUCGUGGCUGGUGGCGGGCAAAGCUGACCCGGCGACCCCCGGCAGGGUCCACUACCACCCGGACUCUCCGGCCAAAGGCGCCCAGUGGAUGAAGCAGAUCGUUUCUUUUGACAAACUCAAACUCACUAACAACCUCCUGGACGAUAACGGACACAUCAUCCUCAACUCAAUGCACCGCUACCAGCCCAGGUUCCACGUGGUCUACGUGGAUCCUCGCAAGGACAGCGAGAAAUACGCGGAGGAGAAUUACAAAACGUUUGUGUUCGAGGAAACUCGCUUCACGGCGGUCACGGCGUACCAGAACCAUCGGAUCACCCAGCUGAAAAUAGCCAGCAACCCUUUUGCAAAGGGCUUCCGGGACUGUGACCCAGAAGAUUGGCCCAGGAAUCACAGGCCAGGCUCCCUGCCAAUAAUGAGUGCGUUUGCCAGAACAAGAAACCCGAUGUCAUCUCCUCCUCAGCAGAACGGCACGGAGAAAGAUGACAGCAGGCGGGAAUACGAGCGAGAGCCCGGCGGCACGCCCAUGCACGCUGACCCGGCUCACCAGCUGAUGUCCCGAGUCCUCAGUCCCGCCCUCCCCGUCCCGGGAGGCCUCCACGCCGUGCCGCUCACCGGUGGCCGCCCGAGUCCUCCACAUGACCUCAGGCCUGACCCUCACACUCUACCCGCGGACACCCUGCACCACCACCCCUACAAGUACCCCACCACCUAUGAACACUACUUGGGAGCCAAGACCAGGCCGUCCCCUUAUCCUUUACCCAGCAUCAGAGGGCACACGUACCACCACCACAUGAACCCAGCCACAGCUAACAUGUACUCGGCCACCAGCGGGCCCGCAAACUACGACUAUGGGCCCAGAUAAUGACUGCUGACGGUGCACUGCAUUGUGGGAAUGGAGCCAGGCAGCCUUGAAACCUUUGAUGCCGCGUGCAACCUGCAGGGUCCGUUCACAGACUGAAACUCCUUUCUGCUAAAUAAACCCUGCUGUAUUUAUUUAAAGAAUCUCUGCAGGAAGCAUGGACACCUGAGUUAAGCCCUGAAAGAGGUCUCCUGUGACCUUUGAACUCAACGGUCGUUGCUUCGCAUCGGCCAAUCUGAGCAGUACAGUCACUGAGCCGGCAGGCUGAGGAGAACACGUUUGAUCACAGACUGGAAUUGAAUCUUUUUUUUCUUGUGUUGAAUGCACUUUUUGAUUUGCCUUGUUUCUAAUGCUUUCCAAAAAAAGCCAUACGUUAUAUAAUCCCUCACCCUUGUAGGUAGGUGACACGUUUGCAUGCUGAGCUCAUCGCAAAGGCUGUGGACACACACAUCAAAAUGUUUUGGUUUGAGGAGGAGGAAAAAAACAAACCAAAAAAACCCCCAAAAAACAGAUUUGAUCAUCAAACGUGAACAUUUUGAGCCCCUCUGACAAGCUUGUACCAUGGCACUGACUUGCAGCAAUUCAAAGAAAACUAAAUGAAGCAGAAUGACUGUUCUGUGUCUGUAAAGUGAAUAUUAAAUUCCAAUUAUUCCAACCGCG